CAAAGGGAACGACGUCGCUUGACGUGGCCACGCCAUUGAUGGAGCCUCAUCAGCCACAGUCAACGCCGAAGCCCUCGUCUUUGCGGUGGCAAAUCCUACGCCGCGCUCUUCUUCGCCGUCCAUCCGAUUCCGAAUUUGCAGGUGAUUCCAAUGACAAUAUCAGUUUAGAAAAAGUAUCGCGACGAACGAGACGUGGAUUCAAUCUGAUACCGUGCCAUGUGGUGAAUGACGGCGGCGAAGAUCCAGAUUCUUUGUCUAAGAGAGAUGUUUGUUACCGCUACACAUUGCCGCUGCCUAAUGCUCCUGAGCUUUUUCUACGUCAAAGAUGGGAAGAUCGUGUUGAUCUCAAUGACUUUGAAGUCUGUAAUCGAUACAACAUAGAUAAUACGGGACUUGUCUGUCAGUGGCCUUCAGAGGAUGUACUUGCUUAUUAUUGCAUGUCACAUCUUGAUAAUUUCAGGAAUAAAAGAGUUAUCGAACUUGGAUCAGGGUACGGGCUAGCUGGUUUUGUUAUUGCUGUGGCUGCAGAAGCAUUAGAAGUGGUGAUAUCAGAUGGAAACCCUCAAGUUGUUGAUUAUAUACAGCAUAACAUCAAUAUCAACUCUGCUGCACUUGGCAGUACAAAGGUGAAGCCAUUGAUCCUGCACUGGGAUCAGCAUGAUGCAUCAAAUAUUUCUGGAUCCUUCGACAUCAUUGUUGCGAGUGACUGCACUUUUUUCAAGAAAUUCCACAAAGGGCUGGCUCGAACAAUCAGAUGCUUACUUAAAGAGCAUGGUCCCUCGGAAGCCCUACUCUUUAGCCCCAAAAGAGAUGAUUCGUUAGACAAAUUUCUGCUGGAAGUUGAGGCUAGUGGGAUGCACUUCACUAUCACCGAGGCCUACGAUGCAGAAAUAUGGAGACGGCAUAAAAGUAUCAUCAACGGCGAUCACUGCUGGCCCAACUAUGAGCCGGACCACUGUUACCCUUUAUUGGUCAGCAUUACACGGUGAACUUCUUUUUGUGUUCUGCUUUUGCCGCUUCUUGUCUACUACCUAGCCUUUGAUCUAACCUUUCUCAUUGAAUAUUUCAAGAUGGAACCAUCUAUCAUUGUGAAAGUUAUGACAUAGGAAAGCACUAAGCUUGACAUUGAUUCCUCGAAAUUUGAUGCAGAUUAUUUCUUUAUACUAAAAUAGUAUUCAAA